GAGGCGGCGUGGGGAGCGCUGGGAGCGGCCGCGGCGUGCGGGGAGCUGAGUCCUCUGACGAUGGAGUUUCAAGCUGUGGUUAUGGCCGUUGGUGGGGGAUCUCGGAUGACAGACUUGACUCCCAGCAUUCCCAAGCCUCUGCUUCCAGUUGGAAACAAACCUUUAAUUUGGUACCCACUGAACCUGCUUGAGCGCGUUGGAUUUGAAGAAGUCAUUGUAAUUACAACCAAAGAUGUCCAAAAGGCUCUCUGCACAGAAUUCAAGAUGAAGAUGAAAGCAGACAUCGUAUGCAUUCCUGAUGAGGCUGACAUGGGGACCGCAGAUUCUCUGCGCCACAUAUAUCCAAAACUUAAGACAGAUGUGUUGGUCCUGAGCUGCGAUCUGAUCACAGAUGUUGCUUUACAUGAGGUUGUGGACCUGUUCAGAGCUUAUGAUGCAACACUUGCCAUGUUAAUGAGAAGAGGACAAGAUAGCAUAGAACCAGUUCCAGGUCAGAAGGGGAAAAAAAAAACAGUGGAGCAGCGUGACUUCAUUGGAGUGGACAGCACAGGAAAGAGGCUGCUCUUUAUGGCUAAUGAAGCAGACUUGGAUGAAGAGCUGGUCAUUAAGGGAUCCAUCCUGCAGAAGUACCCUAGAAUACAUUUCCAUACGGGCCUCGUGGAUGCCCAUCUCUACUGCUUGAAGAAAUAUGUUGUGGAUUUCUUAAUGGAAAACAGGUCAAUCACUUCCAUCCGAAGUGAACUGGUUCCAUACCUAGUAAGAAAACAGUUUUCCUCGACUUUCUCACAACAGAGACAGGAAGACAAAGAAGAGGAUCUAAAGAAAAAGGAGCUGAAGUCUUUAGAUAUUUACAGUUUUAUAAAAAAUGACAACACUCUGACUUUGGCUCCAUAUCAUGCCUGCUGGAAUGCCUUUCGAGGAGACAAGUGGGAAGAUUUUUCUAGCUCACAGGUGCGCUGCUAUGUCCACAUCAUGAAAGAGGGACUCUGCUCUCGAGUGAGCACCCUGGGGCUCUACAUGGAAGCCAACAGGCAGGUACCCAAAUUGCUGUCUGAGCUUUGUCCAGAGGAGUCAAUGAUCCACCCAUCAGCCCAGAUUGCCAACAGACACUUGGUUGGAGCUGACAGCCUCGUUGGGCCGGAUACACAGGUUGGAGAGAAGUCAUCUAUUAAGCGCUCAGUCAUUGGCUCAUCCUGUGUCAUACAAGAUAAAGUGACUGUUACCAAUUGCCUUCUCAUGAACUCUGUCACCGUGGAAGAAGGAAGCAGCAUCCAUGGCAGCGUCAUCUGCAACAAUGCGGUGAUUGAGAAGGGCGCAGACAUCAAGGACUGUUUGAUCGGAAGUGGUCAGAGGAUUGAAGCCAAAGCUAAACGAAUGAACGAGGUGAUUGUGGGAAAUGACCAGCUCAUGGAGAUCUGAGUCCUGGACAAGCCUGACCCCUUCCUUUUGGCCCCCAAACUACAGAUGUUGGCUGACCUACCUGUUUGACUCUGUAUUUAUUUUUCAAUAAAGAAGAAUUUCCAGGC